AUGACGGUGCCCAAUGAUUGGUUGAAGAUCACAUUAGCUAUGUAUAAGUUUACCAAAGAUGCGAGGAUAUGGUGGAAGACCAUGACUAGUGCUCAUGGCAUUGACAGUAUGAGUUGGGAUACUUUUAAGGAGCUUUUCUCUGAGAAGUACUUUCCGAUAACUAAAAAGAGGGAAUUGAGAAUUGACCUCCUUAAGCAAGGCGAUAUGACGGUGGCUGAGUAUGAGAAUGAGUUCACUUCUCUUUCACCCUUCGCUACUGAAGUGGUAAGGGAUGAAAAUGAGAAGACUUGGAAGUUUGUUCAUGGCCUACAUCAUUCCAUUAGGCCAAGUGUGGCGGCUUUUGAAUUGGGUGUGUAUUCAGAGGCAGUGACAAAGGCAUUGAUAGUUGAAGCUGAGGCUAACGAUUGGCAGACUAAGAGUGAAGGUGUUUUUUCUGAGAGACAGAAAGAGAAGAGGCAUAAGAGUAAUGUAUCUUCUUCUCAGGGUCAGCAGAUGGUGCGAUCUGCACCCAUUAUUUCAGUGUCGAUAGGGUCUCACCAGAUCAAGAUAGUGUGUUAUCAUUGUAGACAGGCAGGUCACUUCAGGCCUGAGUGCCCACAGGGCCGACCUAGAUCCAAUGUUUGUUUCAAGUGUGGCGAGUUAGACCAUAGAAAGAAGGAUUGUCCAUUAAGGGGUGGUAGUGUGAUUGAUAAUGUUGGUUUUCAGCAGGGUUCUCAGAGUUCACGACCCACUAGGGGAGCUACCCCUAGUGCGUCUUUUCACCAGUCAGGUUUCUGUGGUGGUGGUUAG